CCACCCCUGGUACCACCGAGGACGCCGCCGCGCCUACAACACAAGAUGCUACUCUCCCACAUCCCUCGCUUGCAUCGCGCAUGAAAUCCUACGAAGCGCAAUAUAACUUCACUCUACCUCCGGACAAGCCCAUUAUUUUCCGGCUAGAUGGCCACGGCUUCUCGCGCUUCACCUCGCACUUUGCGCGGCCGUUUGACGAGCGCAUCCACGGCGCCAUGGCAGCCACCAGCAGCGACCUGCUCGACUUCUUCCUGCAAGCCACGGUCGCAUACACGCAAUCGGACGAAAUCACGCUCGUGUUCCCGCACGGCGUGCACACGUUCAGCGCGCGCAUCCAGAAACUCGCCAGUCUGAGCGCGAGCUACUGCUCCGUGCGCUUCAACAAGCAUCUUGAUGACGCCCUGCGCGAUAUCCCCGACCCCCCGCUGACGGGCAACACGCACGGCAUCCACGGCACCGCGCACUUCGACGCCCGCAUCUUCGCUGUCCCGGACCUCCACGAAGCUCUCAAUUGCCUCAUCUGGCGCUGCCGCAACGACGCCGUGCGCAAUGCCGUCUCGCGCUUCGCAAGCUCCCUAUUUACCCCGAGCCAAAUGCACGGCAAGAAGACGCACGAGCUCAUCGACAUGAUGCUGACCGACAAGGGCAUCACGUUCCGCGAUGCCGUCCCCAAAUGGGCUCUCGAGGGCUGUCUGGUUAAGCGCGAGCAGUACGAGCACAACGGCCUCAACACCAAAACGGGUCAAAUCGAGACGACUUCUAGAUCAAGGCCCAGCGUACAGGAUAGAGGUGUGCGCACUUUUGACGACGCUGGCCUUAGGCUGGUUACACACAAGUAUUGGUAGUUCGUGUAAUACGAAUGAAUUCUUGAUGCACAAUGAAUCAUACAUAAAUAACAUCACACGCACAUACU